UGCGGAAGCGUGUCGGCCAUGGCGGAGGCCUCGCGUCGUGGGCCUUCGCGGGUGGGCGCGGGUGCUGGCGGCGUGGCGGAGCGCGUGCAGUCACUGCGGCCGUGUGCUGGGGUCGUGUCGAGGCGCCCUGCCUCCCUUUGUGAUGGGAACGCACGCUGUGGAGCCCCCGGCUGCUCGUGAGCCCCUGCGGGUCUCGGACACUGACCCGCUGUGGCCAGCGAAGCGGCUAGAACGCUGGGCCUCUAGGCCUGAGACGUGUCCGUUGAGAGCGUCCUGCGCCGUUCGUGGGGGAAUCUAUGGAGCGUAUCGAAGUACUCCAGGGGUUGGGAAAACCACACUAGGCAAAGAACUUGCAUCAAGAUCAGGACUGAAAUACGUUAAUGUGGGUGAUUUAGCUCGAGAAGGUGAAUUAUAUGAUGGCUUUGAUGAAGAGUAUAACUGUCCCAUUUUAGAUGAAGAUAGAGUAAUAGAUGAGUUAGAUACCCAGAUGAGAGAUGGUGGCGUUAUUGUUGAUUACCACGGCUGUGAUUUCUUCCCUGAACGUUGGUUUCAUAUAGUUUUUGUGCUGAGAACAGAUACCAGUGUGUUGUACAAAAGACUGGAAACAAGGGGUUAUAGUGAGAAGAAACUAAAUGACAAUAUUCAGUGUGAAAUUUUUCAAGUUCUUUAUGAAGAAGCAAUGGAGUCGUACAAGGAAGAGAUUGUGCAUCAGUUGCCCAGCAAUAAACCAGAAGAACUAGAGGAGAACAUAAGUCAGAUCUUGAAAUGGAUUGAACAGUGGAUCAAGGACCAUAACUCUUAACUCACAGAACUGGCCCUUUCAGUCACUGUUGCUGCCCCCUCUGCUCACUUGUAGAAACUGCCCGUGUAGCAGUAAAAAUUGUGCUGUAGGACGAGUAGGUGGAUGAUGUGAAGGUUCAUGCCUGGAUUUCUUUUCUCCAUGAGAAAACUGAACAUUCGCAAAUAUCAUGAAUAUAUAUUAAGGAUUGAGGUUGAAAAUUGUCACUGUUUAAUGCUUUGAUUGCCAAAUAAUAAGCAAAUCUAAAUAAAUGGGUGGAUAACUUUUAAGUUUAUAACAGAAAAAAUGCAGAUAAUCUCUUAAAACUAAAGAUAAAGCAUUGGAGUAUUGCUUUUUUAUUUAUAUAAAUGUAACAAGUUUCAUGUAUUUCAUAAAUACAGUAUUAGGAACAUAAUGAUACUUCCCAACUUCCCUCACUUCCACGCUCCCUCCUCCUUCCUUUUCUUUUGAUUAUUGCAAUGACAUACUUUAUUUUACUUUAUAACCACAGCUUUAAUCCACAAAUAAGGGAUUCAGCAAUCAGUAGAAAAACCACUGUUCCUCAGGAAUAUGGACAAGGGCUAAAAUAAUAAUACAAUUUCAGAAUGUCAAUUUCACCGACAUAAAUCACAUAUUUUUUUACUCUUUAUAUAGUUAGCACAAGUCAGGGAAAACAUGAUAUUUGUCUCAAUUUCUUUAUCCAGUCAUCAGUUGAUGGACAUCUGAGUUGAUCACAUAUUUUAGCUAUUGUGAAUUGAACUGCUAUAGACAUGGGAGUACAGGUAACACUUUCAUAUGCUGAUUUCAUUUCCUUUGAAUAAAUUCCUGGGACUGGAAUGGCUGGGUCAUAGGUAGGUCUAUUUUCAGAUUUCAGAGGAAUCUCCUUACUGUCUUCCAUCAUGGUUGUACUAGUUUACAUUCACACAGUGUAUUAGGGUACAUUUCCCUCUACAUCUUCGCCAGCAUUUGUAAUUUUUUUGAUUUUUGGACGACAGCCAUUCUAACUGGGAUAAGGUAAAACCUCAUUGUGGUUUUUAAUUUGUGUCUCCCUGAUGACUAGUGAUCCUGAGUGUCUCCUCAUGUGUGUGUUGGCCAUUUGUAUUUCAGCCUUUGACAAGUGCCUGUUCAUAUCCUUAGCUCAUUUCUUAACUGGAUUGUUUUGUUGUUGAGUUUCUUGAGCUCCUUAUAUAUUCUGGAUUGAUAUCCUUUGUCAGAUGUAUAGUUGGCAAAUAUUUUCUUCCAUUUUGUAGGCUGCCUCUUCACUGUGUUGUGUUUCCUUUGCUGUGUAGACGCUUCAUAGCUUGAUGUAAUCCCAUUUAUCUGUUUUUGCUUGUGUUUCUAGGUUGUUGGCCAAGGAGUCCUUGCCUGUGUCAGUGUCACACAGUGUUUCCCCUAUGUUUUCCUCUAGGAGUGUGCUGGUUUCUGGUUUAGGUUUGGAUCUGUGAUCCCUUGUGAGUUAAUUUGUGUAGGGUGUAAGGUAGAGGUUUUGUUUCAUACUUGUGUGUGUGGAGAUCCAAUCUGCCCAGCACCAUUUGUUGAAGAGACUGUCCUUUCUCCAGGGAAUGAUUUUAGCUUGUUUGUCAAGAAUUGGUUGUAAAUAAGUGGAUUAAUUUCUGGAGUCCCUAAUCUGUUCCACAUGUUUAUUCUUGUGCCAGUACCAGGCUGUUUUGAUUAUAACUGCUCUGUAAUAUGUCUUUAAAUCUGGUAUUGUGAUGCCUCCAAUUUUAUUUUGAUUGUUUAAUAGUGCUUUAGUGAUAUGUUUUAGUUAUAUUGCUUUUCUUUUUUAUUUUAUUUUAUUUUAUUUAUUUAUUUUUUUUUGACAGGCAGAGUGGACAGAGAGAGAGAGAGAGAGAGAGAGAAAGGUCUUCCUUUGCCAUUGGUUCACCCUCCAAUGGCUGCCGCCGCUGGUGUGCUGCAGCUGGCGCACCGCACCUAUCCAAAGGCAGGAGCCAGGUGCUUCUCCUGGUCUCCCAUGGGGUGCAGGGCCCAAGCACCUGGGCCAUCCUCCACUGUACUCCCGGGCCACAGCAGAGAGCUGGCCUGGAAGAGGGGCAACCAGGACAGAAUCCGGCGCCCCGACCGGGACUAGAACCCGGUGUGCCAGCGCCGCAGGCGGAGGAUUAGCCUAUUGAGCCGUGGCGCUGGCCUAUAUUGCUUUUCUAUAUGAAUUUUAGGAUCAUUUUUUUCUAGAUCUGAGAUGAAUGUCCUUAGUAUUUUGAUUGGGAUCACAUUGAAUCUGUAAAUUGCUUUAGGUGGUAUAGACAUUUUAACAACACUAAUUCUUCCAGUCCAUGAAUGUGGAAAAUUUUCCAUUUUUUGGUGUCUUCUGUUUCUUUCCUAAAUGUUCCAUAAUUUUCAUUUGAGUGAUUUCUCACAUUGUAGCUAUUGUGAAUGGGACUGAUCUUACAAGUCUUUUCUCAGCCAUGGUAUUGUCUGUGUAUACGAAUGCAGUUGAUUUUGUGUGCUGAUUUUAUAUCCUGCAACUUUGCCAAACUCUACUAUGAGUUCCAAAACCUCUUAGUGGAGUCUUUUGGUUCCCCUAUUUAUAGAAUCAUGUCAUCUGCAAACAGGGAUAAUUUAAACUUCUUCCUUUCCUAUUUGUAUCCCUUUGAUUUCUUUUUGUUGUUUAAUGGUUCUGACUAAAACUUCCAGAAGUAUAUCGAAUAGCAGUGGGGAGAGUGGGCUUCCUUGUCUGGUUCCAGAUCUUAGUGGAAAUGCUUCCAGCUUCUCCCCAUUCAGGAUGAUGCUGGCUUUGGGUUUGUAAUACAUUGUCUUCAUUGUGUUGAGGUGUGUCCCUUCUAUAUCCAAUUUGCUUAAGGUUUUUAUCACGAAAGGAUGUUGUAUUUCAUCAAAUGCUUUCUUUGCAUUUUUUAAAAGAUUAUUUAUUUGAAAGGCAGAAUUACAGAGGCAGAGAGAGAGACAGAGAGAGACUGAGUCUUCCACCUGCUGGUUCACUCCCCAAAUGGCUGCAACUGCACAGAUCUGAAGCCAGGGGCCAGGAGCUUCUUCCAGGUCUCCUACGCAGGUGCAGGGGCCAAAGCACUUGACCCAUCCUCUGUUGUUUUCCAAGGCACAUUAGCAGGGAGCUGGAUUAGAAGUGGAGCAGCCAGGACUCAAACCAGCACCCACAUGGGGUGCUGGCACUGCAAACGGUGGCUUAAUCUGCUGUGCCACAGUGUUGGACCCAAAUAAAUCUUCAAACAUUUAAAAUUUUAAAUAUUUAUUUGAAUGAAAGAGAUGGUGACAAAGCUCCCAUCCACCGGAUCACCCCAAAUGCCUACAAUGCCUGGGGCCAGUAGCGCAAUCCAGGUCUCACAUGCGGGUGGCAGGAACCCAGUCAUUCGCGCCAUCACCACUGCCUCCCCGCAAGCUGCCAUCAGAGGUCGGGACGGGUGCCUGCCCCUAAAUAAUACAUUUUAUAUGCUUACCUUUAAAGUCCUGCAUUUUGGAGAAGUUCUGACAAAGAACACAGCGGUUGCGGCUUAGUGGGUUCCUGGGGUUUGCGACACCACCGUGGCGCAUCGCAGGAGGCGCGCCCGGUGCAGGAAGUGAGCAGCGCCAGGGCGUCCCGUGGCAGGAAUUCCUCUGGCCUGCACCGCCCUCGUCUUCCUGGUCCCGAAAGCCUCGCUUUCCAGGGCCGUCGGGGCCUCUGAACCUCAGGACGCCUGCGGUUUACGCGCACUGGCGCCCACUCUGCGGCGCCGUUCACUGCGCCUGCGGAGAUUACUCCCGGGGGCUUUGAAGUGGGAGUGAGGUGGGCCCUGCUAGCCUUUGGCCUCUGAGCAGCCGCCGACGCAUUCCCCUUUCCCGCCCUGGGCUCCACCCUCCGGUCACCUGGCCCGGGGGACGCGCGGCGGCGGCGGAGCGCGCGGGACUGGCAGUUCGGCGCCAGGAUCUCCAGCAGGAGACACGUCCUGACACAGGCCAAGAGUGGCAGCCACACGUACCCGGAAGGGACAGGAAGAGGAGAAGCAGCCUGGGCAGAAACCUGUUUUUCCUUCUGCGAAGGACGCCUUUGGCCCAUGAGCAAGCUGGGGAGGUCCCUGAGUGAGUCGCAGGUGCAAGCCCGGGAAGCAGAAGAGGAUGACAUGACAGAAGGCGAUUUAGGAUACUAAUUCAGAGUGGUCGAACCAAGAGUUAAGGCAGCGUCUUCUUGAAACUUUAGAGGCAAUACUUGACAAAGCCACAAGUCACACCCAGACAGUGCUUCAAAAAACUGUGGAACAAAAGCGAUCGUUAGAGAAGG